GUGUGGGCCCGGAGGGCCGGGGCGCUCGCAGGCCAGUCGCGGCUUGUCAGAGCGGUCGCUGCCGGAGCGGGGCGAGGCUGCGGCGUUCGGUGUCGGCGUUCGGCCGUGCGAGCCAGGAUGAGCGCGCAGAGGACGACGCAGGGCCACGGGCAGCGCAGGUAAAGGAGUCACGGUGUCGGCGGCCGGACCGGGCCGCGGCUGGGGUUCUUCCGGGACCUCCGGAUGCUGAAUGGAGAGGACCGAGGCGACACUGAGCCGCGGCUCGUAGCGGCGGGGCGGCUGCCUGAGCUGCAACUGCCAGAGAGGAUGCGCGGAGCCCGGGCGGCGCGAGGCAGCUGAGAGCCUUCGGGCCCCAAGACGCCGGAGCCCGGGAUGAGUUAGCGAGGGCCGCCGCGGGGGCCAGUUCCUAGGGCUGCAGGCCAAGGCGACGGCGCCGCCCGCCCGCCCCUUCCGUGCAGAGGCCGCCAGCUCCUUUUUCCGCGCCCGCGCUCCCGGCCCUGGAGACCAUGAGGUUCCGCAUCUACAAACGGAAGGUGCUAAUCCUGACGCUCGUGGUGGCCGCCUGCGGCUUCGUCCUCUGGAGUAGCAAUGGGCGACAAAGGAAGAGCGACGCCCUUGGCCCGCCGCUGCUGGACGCGGAGCCCGUACGGGGUGCGGGCCACCUCGCCGUGUCCGUAGGCAUCCGCAGGGGCUCUAACGAAUCGGCCGCUCCUCUGGUUCCCGCGGUCCCGCGGCCGGAGGUGGACAACCUGACGCUGCGGUACCGGUCCCUGGUGUACCAGUUGAACUUCGAUCAGAUGCUGAGGAACGUCGGUAAUGACGGCACCUGGAGCCCCGGGGAGCUGGUGCUGGUGGUCCAGGUGCAUAACAGGCCGGAAUACCUCAGGUUGCUGAUAGACUCGCUUCGCAAAGCCCAGGGUAUUCAGGAAGUCCUAGUCAUCUUUAGCCAUGACUUCUGGUCCGCCGAGAUCAACAAUCUGAUCUCCAGGGUGGAUUUCUGCCCUGUUCUGCAAGUGUUCUUUCCGUUCAGCAUUCAGCUGUACCCUAGUGAGUUUCCGGGUAGUGACCCCCGAGAUUGCCCCAGAGACCUAAAGAAGAAUGCAGCUCUGAAGUUGGGGUGCAUCAAUGCCGAAUACCCUGACUCCUUCGGCCAUUACAGAGAGGCCAAAUUCUCACAAACCAAACAUCAUUGGUGGUGGAAGCUGCAUUUUGUAUGGGAAAGAGUCAAAGUUCUUCAAGAUUACACUGGCCUUAUACUCUUCCUGGAAGAGGACCACUACUUAGCCCCAGACUUUUACCAUGUCUUCAAAAAGAUGUGGAAACUGAAGCAGCAGGAGUGUCCUGGGUGUGACGUCCUCUCUCUAGGGACCUACACCACCAUUCGGAGUUUCUAUGGCAUUGCUGACAAAGUAGAUGUGAAAACUUGGAAAUCGACAGAGCACAAUAUGGGGCUAGCCUUGACCCGAGAUGCAUAUCAGAAGCUUAUCGAAUGCACGGACACUUUCUGUACUUACGAUGAUUAUAACUGGGACUGGACUCUUCAAUAUUUGACUCUAGCUUGUCUUCCUAAAAUCUGGAAAGUCCUAGUUCCUCAGGCUCCUAGGAUUUUUCAUGCUGGAGACUGUGGUAUGCAUCACAAGAAAACAUGUAGGCCAUCCACCCAGAGUGCCCAAAUUGAGUCAUUAUUAAAUAGCAACAAACAAUACAUGUUUCCGGAAACUCUAGUUAUCGGUGAGAAGUUUCCUAUGGCAGCCAUUUCCCCACCUAGGAAAAAUGGAGGGUGGGGAGAUAUUAGGGACCAUGAACUCUGUAAAAGUUAUAGAAGACUGCAGUGAGGAAAAAAAAAAAUCACAAUUGCAAAAGCAAAAGUGACAGUCUUCUAUUUUUUAUAUUUGUCUCAAUGGGAUAUACAACUGAAUAAAGGUACAGGAACCGGCCUCUGCUUUAAUACAUAAACUUCUUGUAAAAGGUGUCCAGAUACAUAGUAAUCCUUUUCAGUUAGGACUGAUUAAAAUUUCAAACUGAAAAUUUCAUUUUGGGACUUGGGUUUUAAAAUUCAGUCUAUCUGCUUAAAAGUAAUGAUUAGAUUAUUGAUAAAAAAGAAAGGGGAAAUUUUAUUUAAAUCACAUCUGUUAAUCUUUUUAUCUAAAACUUUGUAUACUUUUCCACUUUCAAAAGUUAUUUUAAGUAUAGCAAGAUUUAUUUAAAACUGUCAACAACAGUAAAAAGUAUUACAAUGAAAUCACUAGAGUAUUUCUGGGACAGACCCAGUUUCACUAUUGACAGUUAUUAGAAAGGAAUCAUUUGACUGGUUCAAAAAGUUUUAAGUUUGUUAAGCACCCUGUUGGAAGAGUCAUUUUCAGUAUUACUGAUUCCUGUGCUAUUGUGUUAAGAUUUGCCUGUGCUUUCAACAUACAUAUUACAUGAUAUCUUUUGGAAUGUAUUUGAUUAAUAAGGAAGUUGAAGCAAUGUUUUCACCUCAAUGUAGAAAUACAGUGGUUUUGAUUUUUUUUUUUUAGUGCUGCCAAAAUAAAAUACUCAUUUUUUGCAUAAAAUUCCCUAAUCAUUUUGCAGAAUCUUCUAUUUGUAUCAAUAAAGACAUUCUGGAAGUUUUGA